UAGUUAAUUGUUCUGCCUGUCAGCAUGCAUCGACGAACAAAGAUAAAUUAUUUGCAAUAAAUAAAUAAUAGUUUUAAGACCAAUUAGGUGAAUAAUUAAGUAUGUAUUUGAAAAAGUGAAUAUAUAUGUAUAUAUAUAACGUGGGUCAGACUGAUAUGUGUUUAAUAUUAACAACUGCACUUACUACCUUUUUAACCAUUAUUUUGUAUAAAACUUUACUCAAAUAUAUGGUUUACUAAUAUGCCCUUAAGAAGGGACAAACAGUAGUCCUCCUUUACGUAACACUGGGGAAAAAAACUCAUAUGCUUCUCUAUUAUAUUUUUUUUAUCAAGCCCUAAAUCGAAAAUGGUGAAAAAUGAGAUUGUCGGUGACGUCAGGGUAAAUAAAUAAAGCUUUAUAUUAAGAAAGUCACAAAAAGUCGCACUUCAGUUAGUCAUGAACAGAUUUAUUGCUGCUUUACACUGAUUAACUGUGACUACCUCAGUUGUGUUGUGUACGCAACACUCCCAAAAAGUUUGUCCCUUUAGUGAUUCCGUUACGUCCACGCCCCCCUACACUUAGUCCCUGGAUGUGGCGUUUGGGUGCAACAAGUUGAGUCUGGGCACACAGUUCACACGUAUGGAUUAAAAACCAAAGUCCAAAGUUUUGUUUACACCGGAAGUAGUAGGGGUUCGUCACGCUUUACUGCUCGGUGUGCGGGGAGUCGCUUCUUCAGGUACAUUUUCCGGGCCAAUUGAUUCACACAUCUCAGCGGGGCACCAUGUCAUUACAUCGAGUGGAGUGUGUGGUGAAGGGGGGCGCUCUAAUCGGUGAAGGACCGGUAUGGGAAGAGUCACAUCAGACACUGAUGUUCGUGGACAUUGCUGGGAAGAAGCUCCAUCGCUGGAAUCCAGCAGCCAAUCAGAUAGAAACUUUGGAAACAGAUGAUAUGGUGAGCAUGGUGGUCCCUUGCCGUUCAGGUGGUUACUUGGCCGGUAUUGGUCGCAACAUUGUUGCCAUUGAUUGGUCAACUAAGGACAUUACCUUACUGGCAGAGGUGGACGAGGACAAACCAAACAACAGACUCAAUGAUGGAAAAGUGGAUCCAGCAGGACGCCUCUUAGUAGGUACAAUGGCAAAGGAGGAGAAACCUACAGUUCUGGAGAGACAGCAGGGAGCACUGUUCAGCGUGGCAUCUGACCUCACAGUGACGAAACUACUUAGCCCGGUGGACAUAUCUAAUGGAAUGGAAUGGUCCUUGGAUCACAACAUCUUUUAUUACAUUGAUUCUUUGUCUCACAAAGUUGAUGCCUUCGACUACGACAUACACACAGGAAGUAUCGGCAACCGCCGUACGGUGUAUCACAUGGAGGAAGGGGAGGGGUUUCCUGAUGGCAUGACAUCUGAUGCUGAAGGUCACCUGUGGGUCGCCUGUUACAAUGCAGGAAAGGUUAUUAGCAUUGACCCCUCUACUGGUGUACGGCUACAGACCGUCAUACUCCCAGUGUCCAAACCCACUUCCUGUUGUUUUGGUGGUCCGGACUACUCUGACCUCUACGUAACAUCUGCUCGUCUUGGCCUGAGUGAAUCGGAGAGCAGACUUCAGCCACUGGCUGGACACAUUUUUAGGGUGCGAGGACUUGGAGUGAAGGGUCGACCGUCGACUGCAUUCUCAAGAUAAGCAGCUAAAUGAAAAACAUCAAGUGGUCAGCAGCAGGACAUCCCCAAAACCUGUGCGGACGUGCGUUCGUGUUAUAUUUUCCUCUAUUGUUCUGAAAUGACUCAAUCAAUAAACAGAAAGAUUCAAAGUCACCCAAUCCGACGGUCCUUCAAUAGUAGCUUCAACUAAAACAAAGCUACUUUUUACUUUCAUUUCGUAGAAAAGACUAAGAAUAAUUUCACUUUUGGAAUUAUUUGUUGUUUAGAUUAUCCUGCAAGGGUCCUAUUACUGGCAUCAAGAGUGUAUCUUCUCUAAUUUUUGGAGUGAUAACUGAUGUCUCAGUACGGCAUAUUUCUUAUCUACCCCUUCAGUGUCGUCCCAACUGAACAAAUACACAUCCUAUUCAUUUUAUUAUGUCUAUAGAAACCAUCAAUAUUAUCGAGAUAUUAUCGACCCAUGGUCAUUAACUUUGGGUUAUGACCAAUAGAACAAGAUCCCGGAUACAAGUGGCGAAAAUGAGCUUUCUUCGCAGGGUCGCAGGGCGCUCCGUUAGAGAUAGGGUGGUCCGUCACUCGAGAGGAGCUCAAAGUAGAGACGCUGCUCCUCCCCAUCGAGAGGAGUCAGCUGAGGUGGCUUGGGCGUUUAGACCCGGGACACGCUGGGGCAACUAUGUCGCUCGGCUGGCCUAGGAACGCCUUUGGGAUCCUCCCAGAAGAGCUGGAGGAAGUGUCUGAGGAGCGAUAAGUCUGGGUGUCACCGUAGUAAUAGGUAUCAUAGUCACACAUUUCUUUUGACGGAUUAUUUUGCAAUGAUCUCAAGCGGGUCGGUCGGCUUAUAGAUUGUAUUGUUUUAAUAAAAGUGAUACAUUUU